AGUAAUGACCAACUACGACCGACGUUUAUUGAAGGAUCAAUCUUGGUUCGUUCGAUUUCCACGGACCACACAGAUUAUCGGGUUAACAUUAGCGAUGGGCAUACUCUUCGCCGGUCCAAUUUAUACAUCGUGGACGGCUCAACCUACAAUGACUUUUGAGGAAGCCGUUGAAUUAAGACGUAUGGAAAAAAAAGCAAAAUAUGGUGAUGACGCUUAAACUAGCAGAAAUUAUCGAAUCUAAUCUAAUCAUAAGAAAUUGAUAUGAAUUCCGUUAACAAAGCCAAAGAGCGAUUGCGAAAGUAUCCACUCCUUUUGACAGAGUGUAGAGCACCUGCCGGAGUGUACGCAAAGUGCAUCGUAGAAAAAUCAAAUUUGGCUAAAGACGAUUGUUUGCCUGAAUUUAGAAAAUUCAAGAGUUGCCUGGUACAAGCGGCGGCCAAGAAUAAAACAAAAUUGUGA